AUGACUGCUAGCUGGCGUCGCUUGGGAGCCCUAACUGCUCAGUAUGAGAAGAAACUUGACAAGCAGCUUAAGGUGUUCGAGGAAAGACACGCUGAGGAGCUCAGGGCGGUUGAGACAAAAUAUAAUGAGCAACUCAAGGCAGCCAAAGGGAAAUACUCCGAGCAACUUGAGUCAGUUGAGAAUAAAAAUGCUAUCGUGCUCGAGGAGAAGACCACACUGGUCGAAGAGUUGAAACAACAUCAGACAACCUUGGCCAAGGUCAUCGAGACGAAAGAGAAGUACAAGGAGUCUUCUAAAAUUAACUACCAGGAAGCCUCUAAACUCCAAGAUGACCUGGUCAUUAGUAGAAAAGAGGCCGUGGGGUUAGAGGAGCGCGUCAAAGAGCUCGAGGAGACCAAUGCGAGCAACUUGGAGAGGUAUAAGGGUGCCACCUUCAAUUGCUUCUAUGUGUUCUGGAAGCAUAACCGCGAGGCAGACUUCAGCUAUCUCUCUGAACGCCUGAGGCAAUCUCAAAUAGAUAGGUGCCUUGCUCGCCUUGAAGAAGAGGAGAGAGCAAAAAUGCCAGCCUCCCCUGAAAUCUCCUUGGCUACGGGCAUUGAUGGUAUUGAAGAGGAAGUUGAGGCCUUUGUCGACCAGCAAACUCCUCAAAACCCUCCUACUUCAUAUUUUUUGUUGUUUUUACUUAAUUUUAAAUUGUAG